AUGAGACACAGAAAACACAGCCACCACACAGCCAUGAGACACAGAAAACACAGCCACCACACAGCCAUGAGACACAGAAAACACAGCCACCACACAGCCAUGAGACAAAGAAAACACAGCCACCACACAGCCAUGAGACACAGAAAACACAGCCACCACACAGCCAUGAGACACAGAAAACACAGCCACCACACAGCCAUGAGACACAUAAAACACAGCCACCACACAGCCAUGAGACACAGAAAACACAACCACCACACAGCCAUGAGACACAGAAAACACAGCCACCACACAGCCAUGAGACACAGAAAACACAGCCACCACACAGCCAUGAGACACAGAAAACACAGCCACCACACAGCCAUGAGACACAGAAAACACAGCCACCACACAGCCAUGAGACACAGAAAACACAGCCACCACACAGCCAUGAGACACAGAAAACACAGCCACCACACAGCCAUGAGACACAGAAAACACAGCCACACAGCCAUGAGACACAUAAAACACAGCCACCACACAGCCAUGAGACACAGAAAACACAGCCACCACACAGCCAUGAGACACAGAAAACACAGCCACCACACAGCCAUGAGACACAGAAAACACAGCCACCACACAGCCAUGAGACACAGAAAACACAGCCACCACACAGCCAUGAGACACAGAAAACACAGCCACCACACAGCCAUGAGACACAGAAAACACAGCCACCACACAGCCAUGAGACACAGAAAACACAGCCACCACACAGCCAUGAGACACAGAAAACACAGCCACCAUACAGCCAUGACACAGCCACCACACAGCCAUGAGACACAGAAAACACAGCCACCACACAGCCAUGAGACACAGAAAACACAGCCACCACACAGCCAUGAGACACAGAAAACACAGCCACCACACAGCCAUGAGACAAAGAAAACACAGCCACUUAACAGCUACGAGACAAAGAAAACACAGCCACUACACAGCCAUGAGACAAACAAAACACAGCCACUUAACAGCCACGAGACAGAGAAAACAGAGCCACUCACAGCCAUUACACAACCAUCACACAGCCACCACAUUUCACAGUCAUAA